UUUUGUUGACUCGCAGCUGACCCGCUGGAGGAGAGCUUUAUUUUGAAGGCGGCAGCAGGAGUCCGUGUUGAGUUCAGGUGAGUUUACCUGAUAAAUGGAGCCGCGCUCGGAGUCGCGUUAAGUGGAGUAAAUGUCGCUGUGCUUGUGCGGACUCUGCCUCUGUCGGAUUAUAUAACCGGGAGUCCGUCCGUCUGCUCUCAGCGGCUCUUCACGUCCACACAGGCCGACUUCCAGGCGCAGCGAUGGGGGAACAGCAGCAGAAGAGUCCCGGCGGAGUGAAAUACUUCCGACUGUCGGAGAUCGAGGAGCAGAACACCUUCAAGUCCACCUGGAUCAUCAUCCACAACAAGGUCUACGAUGUGACCAAGUUCCUGGAGGAGCACCCCGGCGGGGAGGAGGUCCUGAGGGAGCAGGCGGGCGGAGACGCCACCGAGAGCUUCGAGGACGUCGGACACUCGACGGACGCCAGAGAGAUGUCGGGCGACAUGGUGAUCGGAGAGGUCCACCCGGACGACCGACACAAGCUGGUGAAGCCUGCGGAAAGUUAUGUGACGACCCUGAAGGACGAGAACAGCUGGUGGUCCAACCUGGUGAUUCCUGCCCUGGUGGCCGCCAUCGUCACGCUGCUGUAUCGCAUCUACACGUCCAACUGACAUCAUCAGACAUGCAGCUGUGAUGUCAUCAACAGGCACUACAUUUACGUUUCCCAGCGUCUGAUUGGCAGCCGCAGCGGCCAAUAGGAACGUGAGGCUGCUGUGGCUCCUCCCAGCGUAGGAGGUGUUCGUGGAGCAGACGAGGAUCGGCGUCCCCAGAGGAGGCGUCUGUUCCAGGACCACCGACUCUACGCUGCUUCUGCCUUCAAUACCCACAAUUCAUUUCAGCCUGUUUAACCAAUCACAUGGCAUUAUGCUAAUGAAGUCAUUUAUCUCGUUGAAUUUAAAACACUGAUGUUUUAUAGAAUCUCUGUGAUUGAAGUCGUGUACAAAUGCAGUGGAUGUAUAAUUUGUUGUUGUUUUUGUAUCUUUGUACCUGAAUGUAAACGCAGCCGCGCUCAGCUGUGCACUGAUCCCAGAGUCUGGAUGUGAAUCAGCAGGAAAAAGUGAAAUCUGAGUUAAAAAAAACAACAAAAAAUCAAUCAAAUCAGCUUUUGUACUUUCCAACAAGCUGCAGCUGCUUCAACAAGCGUUUAAAUCCGUCUUUAUGUCUCCUGAUUGCUGCAUUCUGACGCUUUAGUAACGACGGACCGAUUAAACAGACAGCGUUGGGUGUCUGAAUAUGUCCUCAGGCUUUAAAAAAUCAUCCAGGAAGAACAACAACGGAAAGAAAGAAAAAUGCACCAAAUUUGCCAAAUCCUGUCCGACUGCCUCCGAGCUGCUCGUCUAGAGCUCGUCACAGCUAGAGUUCAGCAGAUUUAGUCGUUCUCGCCUUAAAGAGUUUCAGCUCAACAGCAAACCGGCAAAAAGAUGCAAAUAAAAUGCGAAACAGACAAAAAGUGCACGAAAAGUUCAGCCUCUGACUCGAUGCAGCUUUCUGAGACGAGGUUUUAGAUUCUCACUGCUGGAUCAACUAGAAGUGCCUUUUCAAGGUCAGUCUGAGUCCUUGUUCGCAGCAACAUCCACACAGCAGCUGUGACGGGUCAAGGACCAGAACCAGAACCGGACCUGCUCCAACCAGCUUGUCUAUGCAAUAAAAGUGAUUCACUCAAAGCA